CGUUGCAGAGCGCGAGAAAGGCGAUGAAACCUCUCUGAUUUCUCUUCUUCUUCCUCUUUCUCUCUGUGUGUUUCUUAAAUACUUUCUCUCACUGUCUUCUCUCCUUGCGCUUACCAGACCCUGAAAACAAAUUUCUUAAAAUCGAGAUAAGAUCUGAAAGAGAAGACUGACGAAAAGCUUUGGAGAUGGAGGAAGAGCUCAAUUGUUUGGGAAAGAGCUUGGGAGGAUUCUGCAGUCAUCUUCAGAGUAGCUGCGAUGCUUUCAAUCACUCUCUCCAGCGCCGCCCUAUCCCUCUCGAUUCGGCUUCAUCUACUUUCAUCAAGAGCUUGAAUCGUAGACUCUCCACCGCUGGUUCAGAGCUGAAUUUCCUUGAUUCCAUGUCUUUCGGUACCGUCUCAUUCGAGGAGCUCCUGGGUCACUCUAAUCAGAUUUACAAAAAUAACCAAGAGGAUCUUCUCCGACUCCAGGACCGCCUCACUGACUUUGGCUAUGUUCCCGAUUUUAUAUAUUUGGACCUAGAAAUCGAGAUUGAUGAAAGUAAAGAGGAAGAGUCUGACUUUGGAGCAUUUGAGCAUGAGGAUUCAAAGCAUUCGGAUGAUGAUUUGGAGCCUUAUUCAUUGCGACGUGCAAUCUUUAAAGGGUUUGACGAAGACGAUCUUCUGGAUGAUUCACUAGAUUUGAAGAACCUUGGGCUUUCAGAUGCUUGUCUUGCAACUUUAGCUCUAAAAGCUAACGAUAAUGUUAAGGAUCCUAACACGUCUAUGGAAGAAUCAGUGAAGGGCAAACCAUUUGACGCAAGUGCUUUACCUGCUUCAAAGGCGUCAAUGCUUUCCAAUGAAGAUGAGUAUGCGACACUAGAGAUGGAUAGAACUUCAGGGCCUACGAUAACAUUGAUAAAGGAAGAAUAUGAAAGUCUUCCUUCUUACAUGAAGGCUCUAGCAUCGUGGGAGGAUCUGCUCAGUGCCGUGCAGAAAUUUAACUCAGUCCUCGGUAGCAAGAAAGAAAAAAACGGAUGUUACUACUUCCGUGCAGACGAAAUCUCGACUCUAGGCCUUGGCCAUAAGGAGAAAGCGUACACGGUACUGCUAACGCGGAUGAAAAGACUUCUAGUUGAGACAACGGACGGUCUUGUAUCCUAUAGAGUUGCAUAGAGCAUAGAGUAAUCCAUGAGAUCCUUUGUCUUACAAGCAUUAAACUCGACAUGUCUUGUCUCCUGCAACUCUCGU